AUGGUGAUGGUGUUUAGUGUGCCCCCUGCGGUUGCCAACCACCGCCCUGACGACCCCGACAAUUCCUCCCUCACUUCUGCCGUGCCUCCGCUCUCCCUCCAUCUUCCACCGCCGCCGCCAUCGAGUACCAGCCUCACCAGCUCCUCCUCUCCCUCGCAGUCCCAAUUCCUCUUCUCCGCCGCCAGUCUCCUACCCUUACAUGCUCCUCCCUCUCUCCGAUUCAGAAGCGCUACGAGGACGAGGUACGCGAUUUCUACCGCGAGAUCGGAGUCGAUAAAGGCGUCCUCAAGGUCUGGAUGCACAACAACAAAAACACCUUCAACAACGGCCGCGACCACAAAUUCUCCGGCGACACCACCGUCAGAGGAUCCUAACGGCAUCGCGGUUUCGGGCGGGGAGAACAACAAUAACAACGCCGACGAUGAUGGCGUUGGCGGUGGAAAUGGUUUAGAACACCAUCUCCACCACGGCCGUGAAAACGCAAACGGCUUGUCGUCUUCCGUCGUGUAG